AUGUCUCGCCCAGAACACAUUGCACCACCAGAGAUCUUUUACGGUGAUGAUGAAGCCAGAAAAUACACUGACAACUCUCGUAUCACUGCCAUUCAAGCAGAAAUGGCUUACCGUGCUCUGGAAUUGUUGAAUUUAUCAGAAGGACCUAAAUAUUUGUUGGAUAUCGGAUGUGGAUCCGGCCUGAGUGGCGAGAUUUUAGAGGAAGAAGGACACAUUUGGGUUGGCAUGGAUAUUUCACCAUCCAUGCUGGAUGUAGCCAACGAGAGAGAAGUGGAAGGAGACUUAUUUUUGCAAGAUGCUGGACAAGGAGUAGCAUUCAGACCUGGUACAUUUGAUGGCUGCAUUAGUGUAUCCGUCCUUCAAUGGCUUUGCAAUGCAGAUAAAGCCAUCAACCGACCAAAAGCUAGACUUCAACGAUUUUUCACAACAUUAUACGCAUCAUUGGAUAAAGGAGCAAGAGCUGUAUUCCAGUUUUAUCCCGAGAAUGAUGACCAAAUCCAGCUGAUCAUUGAUGUCGCUACAAAAUGUGGUUUUGAAGGUGGUUUACUGGUGGAUUAUCCCAACUCCAAAAAGGCCAAAAAGUACUAUCUGUGUCUGUUUGCAGGUGUGCAAUCCGGUGUCAAGAAUCAAAUGCCCAAGGCAUUAGGUGAAGAUGGAGAGAUGCAUCCCGAUGAAGCUAGAUCUAUUCAAUACGAGAAACGCAGACAAGUAUCAAAAAAGAGAAAAGGCAAUCGCAAUGCAGUGAAAGGAAAAGAGUGGAUUAAUAACAAGAAGAAGGUGGCUCGUGAUAGAGGUGAUAAGGUGGUUGCAAAUGAUUCCAAAUUCACUGGCAGAAAGAGAAAAGUUAGAUUUUAA